CUGUCGUCAUCGCGGUCAGUCAACUGGCGCCGUCCGUCGCCGCCUCUGCCGCCGAUGCGUAUCGCUUCGCGGAGCUCGUAGACGGCGAGUCCCUUUCGUUACUCUCCCUCACUCUCCGCCAUCGCCCCCAUCGUCUCCCCCAUGGACGAGCAGAUGCGUAUCGCUUUGCGGAGCUCGUAGACGGCGAGUCGCGAGCUGUCGUUUACCUCUACGUCAACUUCGACACCACCACCACCACCAUCCAAGCCACCUACAAGAUCUUCGCCGCUCUCCCUGCAGGCCCGCCCGUCUACAUAACCCUAGCAGGCACAACCGUCCCCAGAUGCGACCCGACCAAGUGCAGCCUCCCCCCAGCCGCCCCCACGUGGGUGCAGCCCGUGCCGUCCGUGUGGCAGGCCAUUGGCACCUUCACCAGCAGCCCUGUCACGGACCCCGAGCGCUACAGCGCGCUGCUGCAGUUAAUAGAUAACUCGCUGGUGUUCCCCGGGGUGGUCAUGGCGUAUAAGGACGGUCAAGGAGUGAUGAGACCGGUGAUGGCGCAGCUUCGUGCCGAUUCCAAUACGAAGUUCCUGGAAGUUGCCCCCAUCCCUGCAUUGGUGCCGAGCCCGCAAUACGUGGUCCGCUUCCUCUCCUACAUGCCAGGCGGGGCCAACCUCUCCCUCUCGCAGUCCGCUGAUGGGCUGUCCUUCCAGGCGAGCUUCGUUGUUGCCGUGGUGGUUCCGACUGAAGAGCCCAUCACCGUCUCCCUCACCGUCUACACACUCGAUGCCCUUCCACCGCCCCCGCCCCCCACCGGCGGAGGGUGCGAUGCCAAGAAGAAGGAGAAGAGCAACAACAAGGACAAGAGCAAGGUGAAGGGGAAAGACAAGCCCAAGUGCAACAACGGAAAGGGCAAGGGGAAGGGGAAGAAGGGUGGGGAUGAUGACGAGUGUUGCGACGACGAUGGUGACACGCUUCCUCCCCCGCCGUCGCCGCAGCCCAAUGUCACUUCUGCGUGGUUCUUUCUCUACAGCAACGUCCAUCCGUGCGAUCUCAACUGCACGUCUGUCAUUGUUCUCAACGCCACUCAAAGCUGGAGCUUUGUGGGGUUGACCCCGGAGGCCCUUGCUGCCAGUGCUGGAUACAAUGCGUUGGUGGCGCUGAUGCAGUAUGCGAGCACGGGUGUGAAGGGAAGGUUUGUGAAUGCGACGAUGAAGCUGGCGGCUAUUGAUCAGCCAAAUGGCCCCAACGACCUCUUGCAACGUGUUUAG